GGAAAAGAAGGCAAAAUGAAAAAGGAAGAACUUAAGAGGGAUUUUACCGAUGAAUCUUCUUCAAGAGGUGAUUUUGUUUCUGGUAAUAAUAUUGGAGUAGAAUUAACUAACGAUAACGUUGUUAUGAAGAGUGCACUUCCUAGUCCAUCUAGAAGAGGUGUACUUCAGGCUUGCGUUGUCACUUCUGGAUUGAUGUUCGCAGUAGGCUUGCUAAUUCGGCUGGGAUCUCAUCUUGUUGUCAAAGAAGGAUGGCCAGUCUAUGACUCCGUAUUUUAUCGUAACUUUAAAGAGAAUAACUUGAAUGAUUGCUGCUAUAUAGUUGAUUUCGAGACCUGGCAUCUUGAGUUGAUAGCUGGAUUAGUCGUACUUAUAUCGUCGGCUCGAUUCUUACUACUCAAAACCUGGCCUAAUUUUGCCGAAUCUAGUGAAGCAUCCAAUCAAAUGGUCCUCAGUCAGCUUGAACCUUUGGAUUACAUCCUCGUAGCAUGUCUGCCUGGGCUUAGUGAGGAGUUGCUUUUCCGUGGUGCAUUGAUGCCACUCUUUGGACUUGACUGGAAGAGUGUUCUCGUGGUUGCUGGCAUGUUUGGGGUUUUGCAUUUGGGUAGUGGUCGACAAUAUUCAUUUGCUAUCUGGGCAACAUUUGUAGGCUUGGCUUAUGGUUAUGCAGCAAUUAUAUCUUCGAGCAUCAUUGUGCCAAUGACUUCUCAUGCGCUGAACAAUCUUGUGGGAGCUAUUUUAUGGCGAUAUAUAUCUGAUACCUCGGAACAAGGAUUGGAGUAGGUCUGACCUGUGAAUUGUAUAUAGGUUGCACCUGGAAACCUGUCCGUAUUUGUAUUUUGGCUGAGUAAAUGUGGGCUCUUUUGUCCAAUAUAUCUUCAUGCCAUAAACACGUCAACCAGCUUAUGUAUAUCCAACUGUUGAUUAUCACACAUCAAUACAAAUUAUUUUUCAAUCUAAAA